CUGAGGAGACACCACACCAUGGAAAUCAUUACCAAGAGGAACUUCCUGAGUUUUGCUGUUUUACUGGUGCACUGCACGAUCCGUGAUGCAAGCUGUGAGAAAGGCAACACUUCCCCUCUGCACUUCACCCACUUCUUCUACAAUGCCACCAUCUACGAGAACUCAGCUCCUAAGACUUACGUGGAGAGCUAUGUCAAAAUGGGUAUUUACAAGACUGACCCCGAGUGGGACAUCAGAUACAGAAUAGCUUCUGGAGACAGCAGUGGUCUCUUCAAAACGGAGGAGCAUGUCAUUGGGGAUUUUUGCUUCUUGAGAAUAAGAACUAGGAGCAGCAACACAGCACUUUUAAACCGAGAGGUCAAAGAUAGCUAUAUGUUAAUAAUCAAGGCCACAGAGAACACCUUUGCCUAUGAAGCCUGGGCCAAAGUUUUAAUCCACAUUCUUGACAGAAAUGAUUUGAAACCUCUCUUUUCACCGCCUUCCUACAAAGUGUCCAUCAGAGAAGACACUCCUCUGAAAACAGUGGUCAGCACACUCAGUGCCACGGAUGCCGAUGCUGGCCAGAACGCAGAGUUCUACUAUGCCCUCAACACAAAGUCAGACCUGUUCACCAUCCACCCCACCACAGGAGCAGUUGUGACCACUGGUAGGCUGAACAGCACCCAUCGAGGCAGGCACCACCUGCAAGUUUUAGCUGUGGACAGAAUGAGAAAGAUCCUGGAGGGGAAUGGCUUUGGGAACCUGGCUAGUCUCAUGAUCCAAGUGGAGCCCUCAACCAGGAAACCCCCCUCUAUCUCCUCAGUGAAAGUGGCAUUGCCUGACUCGGCCGAAGACCUUGUCUAUGCAAGCCUGUCUGUAGAAAGUGGUGACUCAGAAGCAGGGAUAGAUUCAGUAGACUUUAUAGGUGGAGAUCCAGGAAGGCAUUUCGCAGUCAUCAGAUCCUACUUUGGAAGCAUGGAGUUCAUGAUUGUGGCAAUAAAAGAGAUCGACUGGCUACUUCACCCUUUUGGUUUCAACCUCAGUCUACAAGCCAAGGACAAGAAUAAACCACCACUUUUCUCUCCUGUUAGAGUUAUACAUAUACCUCCUUCCAAGUAUGUCUCUGCCAGAUUUGAGAAAGAAGUCUACCGAGUCCAGCUCAGUGAAUUUUCCCCACCUGGAAGUCAAGUUGCUAUGGUGAAGAUUACACCAAUCCUUCCAAAUCUUAAAUAUGUUUUGAGACCUACUCCUGACAGCACAAAUUUUAAAAUCAAUCCUCACACUGGAUUGAUUACUACUGUCAGAGCAAUGGACUUCCACGAGCAAUCUAAUUUUCAACUUGAAGUUGCAACCACUAACAGUCACACAUCUGCAACUGUUAUCAUUGACAUCACUGACUGCAACAACCAUGCUCCAAGUUUUAGUCAGUCUUCAUACCGUGGGGCUUUUGAUGAGAAUGUUCCUCCUGGCACCAGUGUCCUAACAGUGAGAGCUACAGACGAAGAUGAAGGAGACAAUGGCUUUGUAACCUACACCAUAGCCAACCAGAAAUCAGUUCCCUUUGUCAUCGACCCGUAUUCUGGCGUAAUUUCCACCUCCAAGUCAAUGGACUAUGAGUUGAUGCAGAGAUGGUAUCACCUGCGAGUGUGGGCAUCAGAUUGGGGCUCACCCUUCCGCCAUGAAACGGAGGUGUACGUUUCCCUCAUGCUCAGCAAUGUCAACGACAACGCUCCUGUGUUUGAGAAGGCAAGCUGCAGUGGCAGCAUCCCACGGGACUUUCCUGUUGGGAAUCCUGUGGCCACAGUCUCUGCAAUCGAUAGUGAUGAGCUGCAGCGUAUCAAGUAUGAAAUCAAGUCUGGCAAUGAGUUACGGCAUUUUGAACUGAAUCCCAUCUCUGGGGUAAUAUCUCUUAGGAUAUCUCUGAGAGAUCUUCCUUCUGAACAGCCACUCUUCUACUCUUUGAAAAUAACUGCAACAGAUGGGGAGAACUAUGCUUUGCCAACAUCUGUAAAUAUCACUGUGGUCAGCCAAGGUCUCCCUGUUAAAAUGCAGUGUGAGGAAACAGGAGUAUUGAAACAACUGACAGAAACUAUCAUACACUCCAUUGAGUCUCAGGCUCAAGGCCAAGGGCAGGAUGAUGAAACAACUCUAAAUUUGCACCUUAUAAACCAUAAUGCUCCAAAAUUUGAUGACAGCUUUCCACGAUCUAUUGAUAUCAUAGAGAAUGUUCCCAUCAACUCAACUAUUGCUGACCUUUCAGCUGUUGAUCCUGAUACUGGUUUUAAUGGGAAAUUGGUCUAUGUGAUCUCAGAUGGAAAUGUUGACAGCUGCUUUACCAUUGACCUGGAACUAGGUCUCCUCCAAGUCCUUUCUCCUCUAGAUCAUGAACGAACCAGUUUCUACAUUCUUAACAUUACUGUGUAUGACCUUGGCACACCACAAAAAUCAUCUUGGAAACUCCUGGCUGUGAAUGUCUUGGAUACCAAUGAUAAUACGCCUAGAUUCCCACAAGGUGCCUACUGGGUGACAGUACCUGAAAAUGUAGCAACAGGGACAACAAUAGCUCAGUUGAAAGCAGAAGACGCUGAUACAGAUGAUAAUGGGAGAGUAAAAUAUUCUCUCCUAACCCCCACUGACAAGUUUGCCAUCAACAGUGUCACUGGAGAAGUGACAGUUACAGGUGCCCUGGAUAGAGAAUUGUGGCCUUGCUAUGCACUGAAAAUAAAAGCUAGGGACCAGCCCAAAACAGGCUAUGAGCUGUUCUCUGUUACAGAUCUCACUGUGACUCUGGAGGAUGUAAAUGACAACGACCCACACUGCCUCCCAGCCCUGAACAGUGUGAAGGUCCCAGAGGACCUGCCUGUAGGAACCAUCCUCCUCUUUUUGGAGGCUUUUGACCCUGAUGCUGGCUCUGGGGGAGAGGUGAGGUACAGCCUUGUUAAUGAUGAGGAGAUGAUGUUUCACAUAGACAAGCUGACUGGAGCACUGCGGUUAGAGAAGGAGCUGGACUAUGAGAAGAAGGACUCUUACAAUCUAACCGUGCAGGUCAGUGACAGUGGGAAGCCCGUCUCUCGCUCUUCCCUCUGCCACCUGGAAGUGAACGUCCUUGAUGUCAAUGAGAACUUGUACCCACCGCGCUUUGCCUCCUUUGUCUUCAAAGGCUGGGUGCAGGAGAACAGCCCUGAGGGCACAUCUGUGAUGAUGGUCACAGCAAAGGAUAUUGAUAAGGGGAAAGAUGGAGAGGUUCAGUAUUUCCUCCGAGAGGGCACUGGCCUGUCCGUCUUCAGCAUUGAGAAGGACACAGGCACCAUCAGGACCAUCGGACCACUUGAUCGAGAAGGGACAUCUCACUACUGGCUGACAGUGCUAGCCCUAGACCUGGGAACAGUUCCUCUGUCUUCUGCAACUGAAAUUUACAUUGAAGUCACAGAUACCAAUGACAACCCUCCUCAGAUGUCCAGACCUGUUUAUUAUGCCUCUGUGAUGGAGAAUUCCCCACCAAACACAUCUGUCCUUCAGCUCGAUGCCUUAGACCCAGACUCUAGCUCAGAGGGAAAACUGACUUUUCACAUCCUAACUGGAAAUCCUCAAGGACUCUUCACCAUUAACCUUGUGACAGGUCUGAUUUCUACAACUUCACGGCAGCUGGAUCGAGAAUACAAGGCUGAACAUAUCCUAGAGGUGGCUGUUUCUGACAACGGAGACCCAGCCCUGAAGUCCACCAGCAGAGUGGUGAUACAAGUCCUGGAUGCCAAUGACAACCCUCCCAGUUUUCCCCACAAGCUCUUCAUGGUGCAGCUCCCAGAGAGAGAAGCCUCAGAGACACCACUGCCAGUCUACAGGCUUAUUGCUUCAGACCGUGACCAGGGCCAGAACAGCCAGGUCACCUACACCAUCGAGGAGGAGGAGGAAGGGAUCUUCACCAUCAACCCCAUAACCGGCAUGGUGCUCUCCAGGAAGGCUUUUCCUGCCUCUGAAUACAACAUACUCACGGUCAAGGCCACAGACGGCGGCAGCCCCCCACUCUCCUCCCACGUGCGGCUCCACAUCAGCUGGGUGGCACGGCCCGCACCCUCCUCAGAGCCGCUGGCAUUCGAUGAGCCCCACUUUAACUUUGCCGUCAUGGAAACGGAUCCCGUCAACCAUAUGGUGGGAGUGAUCAGCAUCGAGAUGGGUCCCAGCCAAGUGUGGUUUAAUAUCACAGGUGGUGACGAUGACAUGGAUUUUGAUAUUGAGAAGAGCACGGGCAGUAUGGUCAUUGCAAGAGCCCUUGAUGCAAGGAAGAAGUCAAGCUAUAACCUGACAGUAGAAGUCACUGAUGGGUCCACUACCAUCAAAACUCAGGUAAUGCUUUACGCUGUAGCCUUUAUCCACGUUAUUGACAUCAACCAGCACCGCCCCCAGUUCCUGGAGAGCCAUUAUGAGGUGAGGAUUCCUGAAGACACCCCCUCAGGAAGGGAGAUCCUUCAAGUCAGCGCCACAGACAAAGACAAAGGCAAAGGUCUCAUCUACACCAUCCAUGGUAGCAUGGACCCCAAAAGCACAAGAUUUUUCCAGUUGGAUCCCAGCAGUGGGGCCCUCACAACAGCAGAAGGCUUCAGUUCCCAGCCGAUGCCACAGCACACCCUGACAGUGAUGGUACGGGACCAGGAGGUCCCCAUCAAGAGGAACUUUGUUCGGGCCAUCAUCCACGUGGAGAACUGCAACCUUCACCCUCCCCAGUUCAGCAGCAUCCAUUAUGAAGCAGAAGCGCUGGAUUCAGCAGCAGUGGGCACAGAGAUUCUGCAAGUCAGAGCCCUUGAUCGGGACCAAGGAGCCAAUGCUGAAAUCCACUACUCUCUGCAGGCAGGUAACGGGGAAGGUUUCUUUAGCAUCGACCCACAUUCUGGUAUUAUUACAGUUGCACAGAAACUGGAUCCAUCCAAGCAAGAGAGAUAUACUCUUAUUGUAAAGGCAGAAGAUCAAGGGUUCCCCCAGCUUAAAGAUUCUGCUACAGUACAUGUCCGCAUUAGACCCUCUGAUCAAACCCCUCCAAAAUUUCCAGAGGCUGAAUACAUCACAGAGAUCAGUGAAUUUGCUCCUGCUGGCUCUCCUCUGAUCCAGGUUUCAGCCUCAAGCUUGUCACCAGUCAGCUACGAAAUAAAAGAUGGAAAUGGAGAUGGAGUGUUCUCUGUGAACUAUCAGUCAGGCCUUAUUUCCACUCAGAAGAGCUUAGAUUUUGAGCAGGUGUCUUUUUACCAGCUGAAAGUUCGUGGCACCAACAUGGCUGGAGCAUUCAUGGACACAAUGGUGCUUAUCUAUGUCACAGAUGAGAACGACAAUGUGCCUAUCUUUGUUAAGCCUGCCUUCAUCGGCUGGAUCAUGGAGAAUGCUCCCCCACAAAGCAUGGUUCUAGAUGAAAGCAAUGCUCCCCUGGUGACCCAUGCAACAGAUGCUGAUCAAGACUCCAAUGCUUUGCUCAUCUAUGAGAUCUUGGAACCAGAAGCACUAAAAUAUUUUACAGUAGAUCCCAGCACAGGGACACUUACCAGUCGUGCUGAUAUCGACUAUGAGCUCACCCCAGUUUUCCACUUCAGUGUACACGCACAUGACAGCGGAAAUCCCAGUUUGUUUGCAUCCAAGCCAGCCAAGGUCACAAUCCACGUUAAAGAUGUGAAUGAUUCACCUCCGGUCUUUGCCAAAGACACUUAUGAGCUUUCUGUCCUGUUACCAGCCCAUCCAGGGAUGGAGCUCUUGUCAGUGCAGGCAAAAGAUGCUGAUUCAGAGGUGACCUACAGCAUCGUGGAAGGAAACCUUGAUAAUGCUUUCUACAUUCAUCCACUCACUGGACUUCUCUCCAUUGUUAAUGCCACUGGCUUGGGAAAUCAUCAUGAACUCGUGGUCAGAGCUGACGAUGGUUUAUAUAAGAGUACUGCUCUGGUUAAACUAAAUUUAACUCAAGCACAAGGUAGUGGCUUAAAAUUUGAUCAAGAUGUAUACACAGCAACUGUGAUGGAGAACUCUACGGACGAGAAGACUCUCACUGUUCUGGGGGUCAAGGGAUAUCAGCUAAAUGAACCACUCUUCUAUUCACUUUUAAAUGGGAAGGAAAAAUUUAAAAUGAUCCAAGCAUCUGGAGUACUCCAGACCAAAGGUGUGAAAUUUGACCGUGAAGCACAAGAUGUGCACGAGGUAGCUGUGGAAGUGAAGGACAAUAGAAAACCACCGAGAGUGUCCCAGGCCACUGUCAGAGUUUAUGUAGAAGAUGUCAAUGACAACCCACCUCAGUUUGAGAACGUGCCAUACUACACCUCAGUGCAGGAUGGCAUGGAGCCAGGUGAUGUACUUUUUCAGGUGUCAGCAACGGACAAAGACAUAGGGAAUAACGCAGCCAUUACCUACUCAUUUGCAGAGGACUAUAAGUACUUUAGGAUUGACCCCUACCUAGGAGACAUCUCACUUAAGAAGCCUCUUGACUAUCAUGCUUUAAACAAAUACAGCCUCCGAGUCGUUGCUAAGGACAACGGUGAACCCCCACUCCUUGCUGAAGAAGAGGUUGUGAUCACUGUGAGAAACAAAUCCAACCCUCUGUUCCAAAGCUUGUAUUACCGAGUAAAAGUGCCAGAAAAUAUCCCCCCAUACACAUCCAUCCUCCACAUCCAGGCCCGCAGCCCCGAAGGCUUGCGCCUCAUCUACAACAUAAUGGAAGAAGACUCCCUGAAACUGUUCAGCACUGACUUCAAAACUGGUGUCCUUACUGUCACAGGACAGCUGGACUAUGAGCUAGAGACAAAGCACUCAUUCACUGUUAGGGCCACAGACACGGCGCUAGGAUCAUUUUCAGAAGCCAGGGUAGAGGUGGAGGUAGAAGACAUCAAUGACAACCCACCUGUAUUUUCUGAGAUGAUCUACACAGCGUCUGUCUCAGAGAGCAUGCCAGCACAUACUCCUGUUGUCCAGAUCUUUGCUUCUGAUAAAGACUCAGGCAGAAACAAAGUGGUCUCCUAUCAGAUCUUGGAUGAUGGUUCAGAUACUACCAAGUUCUUUAAUAUUGACACCAGCACAGGGCAAAUAACAACGGCUCAAGCACUGGAUUAUGAAAAAACUCAGCAGUUUCGCAUGAAAGUGAGAGCUGCAGACCAUGGGAUGCCUCCACUUAGCAGCGAUGCCCUGGUAAUUGUAGACGUGACAGACAUCAAUGACAAUCCUCCCGAGUUCAGCCAGCUGCAGUAUGAAGCCAAGGUAAGCGAAAUGGCGACGUGUGGGCACGUUGUGAUAAAAGUCCAGGCCCUGGACCCUGACAGCGGAGAUACCACCCGACUGGAGUAUGUGAUUCUCUCAGGCAACGACCACAGGCAUUUCACCAUCAACAGCACUUCUGGAAUAAUAUCCAUGUUCAACCGCUGCAAAAAGGACCUGGAAUCAUCUUACAGUCUCCGAGUUUCUGCUUCAGAUGGAGUUUUCCAGAGCACUGUGCCUGUGUAUAUCAACACCACAAAUGCCAACAAAUACAGCCCUUCUUUUCAGCAGAACAUGUAUGAGGCAGAGCUGGCAGAAAAUGCUGAGAUAGGAACCAAAGUGAUUGAGCUGCUGGCCAUUGACCCAGAUGGUGGCCCAUAUGGCACCAUAGACUACACUAUCAUCAAUAAACUUGCUGAUGAGAAGUUCUCCAUAGAUAACAAAGGCCACAUCACCACACUGCAAAAACUGGACAGGGAAAAUUCCACAGAGAGAGUCAUUGCCAUUAAGGUCAUGGCUAAGGAUGGGGGUGGGAAGGUGGCGUUCUGCACUGUCAAAAUAAUCCUUACAGAUGAGAAUGACAACCCUCCUCAGUUCAAAGCCUCUGAAUACACACUGUCCAUCCAGUCCAACGUAAGCAAAGGCUCCCCCGUCAUUCAGGUGCUGGCUUAUGAUGCUGAUGAAGGUGCAAAUGCAGAUGUCGUUUACUCCGUUGACUCUGUGGAAGAUGUAUCAGAAGAUAUUGUUGAGAUCAAUGCUGCCACCGGGGUUGUUAAGGUCAAGGAGAGCCUUGUGGGUUUGGAAAACAGAGCCUUUAACUUCAAGGUGAAAGCUGAAGACGGCAGACCUCCUCACUGGAACUCCCUUGUCCCAGUGAAUCUUCAGAUUGUCCCCAGGGAAGUGACACUGCCAAGAUUUUCUGAGCCCCUUUAUACAUUCUCAGCAUCUGAGGACCUUCCAGAAGGUUCAGAAAUAGGGUCAGUCAAAGCUUUUGCAGAGGAUCCCAUCAUAUAUAGCCUGGUGAAGGGAACCACUACAGAAAGUAACAAGGAUGAGGUGUUCACCCUGGAUGAACAAACUGGGGCUUUGAAAAUCAAAAAGGCAAUGGAUCAUGAGACCACCAAGUGGUACCAGAUUGAUGUUAUGGCUCACUGCUCACAUCUAGAGACUGAGCUGGUCUCCCUGGUUUCUGUGAACAUCCAAGUGCAAGACAUAAACGACAACAAGCCUGUUUUUGAGGCAGAUCCUUACAGAGCUUUUGUCAUGGAGAACAUGCCAUCAGGAACCACAGUCAUUCAAGUGACAGCAAAUGACCAAGACACAGGAAGUGAUGGACAAGUGACCUACAGCUUGGAAGCAGAGUCUGGCAACCUCCGGGGACUCUUCACCAUUGAUGGAGAGACUGGAUGGAUCACUACACUGAAGGAGCUGGACUGUGAAACUCAGGAGACCUAUCGUUUCUAUGUGGUGGCCACUGACCAUGGCAGAAAAGUCCAGCUCUCUUCCCAAACCUUGGUGGAAGUCACCGUCUCUGAUGAAAACGAUAAUGCUCCCCAGUUCACCUCAGACUUCUACAAAGGGUCAGUAAUUGAGAACGCCGAGCCAGGGCAGGUCAUUGUCACACUGAGUACCAUUGAUGCAGACAUCUCUGAGCAGAAUCGGCGGGUCACGUGCUACAUAACUGAAGGAGAUGUGCUAGGACAGUUCACAGUUGACCAAAUUGAGGGAGAAUGGACAAUUUCUUCCAAGAAGCCUUUGGACAGAGAAGAUACAGAGAAAUAUCUCCUCAAAGUGAUGGCUUCUGAUGGAAAAUUUCAGGCUACCACCGAAGUAGAAAUUUUUGUUCUGGAUAUCAAUGACAACAGCCCUGAGUGCGGCCAGAUAUUCUACACGGGAAGAGUCUCCGAAGAUGCUCAGCCAGGUCAUUUCAUUUUGAAAAUAUCAGCAACCGACCCCGACGUUGGCAGCAAUGCCCAGAUCACAUACAGCCUGCACGGCCCCGGCGCAGAGGAGUUCCGCCUGGGCGCCCACACAGGGGAACUGACCACCUCUGCACCUCUUGACCGGGAGCAGAAGCCCACCUACCACCUGGUUGCCAAAGCUACUGAUGGCGGCGGCCGCUCGUGCCAGGCAGACAUAACACUGACCGUAGAGGACACCAAUGACAACGCACCCAGAUUCUUCCCCAGCCACUGCGCCGUCGCCGUUUUUGACAACACCACCACAAAAACACCCAUUGCUGUGGUAUCCGCCAGGGACCUUGAUGAAGGUCUCAAUGCCGAGGUGGUCUAUUCCCUCUCUGACUCUGCCAAUGGACACUUUUCAAUUGAGGAAACCACAGGGGUGAUCCGUCUGGAAAAGCCCCUGAAGGACUCACAGCACUCUGCCUUUGAGCUGACGGUCUGUGCCACCGACCAGGGCACCCCACAGCCCCUCUCUGCUCUUGGCACUGUCACCGUUUCUGUCGUGGAUCUAAAUGAAUAUCUACCUGUCUUCCUGGCCCCUGAAUAUGUGGCCAUGGUGAAAGAAGACGUGCCUGUGGGUACAGAGGUCCUCAACUUGUCAGCCUUGACAAGAGACAAUACAGAGAACACAGAGAUCAAGUAUGAGAUUGUGAACGGCAAUGACCAUGGCAAAUUUCAGCUCAACUCAAACACAGGUGCCUUAUACAUAAAUGGGAGCUUGGACUUUGAAGCGAGUCAUGAGUACUACUUAUCCAUUGAGGGCACAAGGAAGGGCUCAGCUUCUCUCAGCGAUGUCACCAUGGUGGUUAUCAACAUAACUGAUAUCAACGACCAUGCACCAGAGUUCAUCCAAGACCCUUACUUUGCUGAUAUCCGGGAGGAUGUUGCAGUUGGAGAAAUCAUCCUCACGGUGUCAGCUGAUGACUUGGAUGGAACAAUGAACAAUCAGAUCACAUAUUCAAUUGUGGAAGGGAACCCGCUGGGACAUUUUGCCAUCCAACCCAAAAGCGGGCAGAUCAGCAUUGCCAAGCACCUGGACAGGGAGGAGAUCUCCAGCUACUCCCUGACAGUUCGAGCCACAGACAACGGCCACCCCGCUCAGUUCAGCGAAGUCGCAGUGCGUGUCCACGUGUCUGAUGUCAAUGACAACCCUCCUCGGUUCUUCCAGCUCAACUACAGCGUGGUGGUGCAGGAGAAUGCCCCAGUGGGUACCAGUGUCCUGGAGCUGAUAAUGAGUGACAGAGACUCACCAGAAAAUGGACCGCCGUAUUCAUUCCAGAUCACCCAGGGCAACGACGGGAAGGCAUUUGAUGUCACCCAAAAUGGUCUGCUGGUGACUUCAUCCAUCCUGAACAGAAGAGUGAAAGAGCAGUACCUGUUACAAGUCCAGGUCUCCGACAGCGGUAUCCCUCCUUUGUCCUCAUCAGCAUUCAUAAACAUCCAAGUGACAGAGCAGAGCCAGUAUGCCCCGUCAGCACUUCCCCUGGAGAUAUUCAUCACCACAAAUGAGGAAGCCUUCCGAGGCGGCGUUCUGGGCAAGAUUCACGCCACGGACCGAGACCCCCACGACACGUUGGUGUACACUUUGGUGGCAGAGGUGCCCCAAGAGGGACGCUUCUCCGUCGGAGCUGCAGAUGGAAAGAUCAUUGCUGGCAAUAAGCUGCCCCAUGGCCAUUAUCUCCUGAAUGUGACGGUCAGUGACGGCACGUUCACAGCCACCACCAGCGUCAACAUCCACGUGUGGUGCUUCACGCAGGAGGCACUGGACAAGGCAGUGGUGCUGCACUUCCGCCACCUGUCCCCCGAGGAGUUUGUGGGGGACCACUGGCGCAACCUGCAGAGGUUUUUGGGAAACGUCCUCAUCACCCGGCGCCAAAACAUCCACAUGGCCAGCUUACAGCCUGCAGCUACCUCUGAUGGAGUAGAUCUGCUCUUGGCCGUUGGAGAGCCACACGGCUCCUUGUACGAGCCUCGGGUCCUUGCCAACAAGAUCACUGUCUCAGCUGGGGAGAUGGACCAGCUCGUUGGACUCCGGAUGAAGAAAGCAAUUCAUGUGCCGUGUCACGGGUCAGACUGUGCCCACCGUGUCUGCAAGGAAACCAUCCAACUGGACCCAGGCAUGAUGUCCACAUACAGCACUGCCCGACUCAGCGUCCUCACCCCGCGGCACAGCUUGGAGCAAAUCUGCUCCUGUAAUGGAACUGCUGUGAGGUUUGGGGGCCACAGCUACAUCUGGUACCAGCACUCCCAGGUGGGGUCCUGGCACAUGCACUUCCGCAUGAAAACCCACCAGCUCCAUGCUGUCGUGUUCCACGCCAACGGCACAGACCACGCCACAUUGGAGAUGGUACAUGGGGUGCUUCACCUGGGGUACGGCUGCUGGGGAAACUACACUGGGAACCUCUCCUCCUCACGUUUUGUGAGUGAUGGGGAGUGGCACUCAGUCUUCCUGGAGGUGAAGAAUGCGUCGGUCCGUCUGCUCGUCGAUGGCCUGGGAAACACCUCCCUCCAACUGCCAGGGACCUGCAGCACAUCCCAGGGCAGGCGAGACCUGCUUUUUGGGGGCCUCCGGCACCCACUCCAGUCCCAGAGAGUCACACGGGGGUUCAGGGGCUGCCUGGAUGUACUUGCCAUCAAUGGCAGAGAGGUGGUUCUUCUGCAUGGGAAAGGGCAAUCCAAGGAGGUGAUGGAGGAGGUGGGGAUGAAGCAGUGCUGCUCCCCAACUGGUGCCUGCAGCAGCAAUCCAUGCCUGAACAACGGGAUGUGCUCCGAAACUCAUGGAGGAGGUUACACGUGCAUCUGUCCCGGGCUGUUUUCUGGUGAGCGCUGUGAGCUGGGGGACAGCCCCUGCGAGUCCAAGCCCUGCCUGCACGGCGGCACCUGCGUCCUCUCCGGCUCCGGGUACUCCUGCCACUGCCCCGAGUGGUACCUGGGCGACAGGUGUGAGAAGCUGGCUGAGGAAUGCCAGGACAACCCGUGCCACAACGCUGGGCGCUGCGUGAGCACCCAGGGCUCCAUCCGCUGCAUCUGCCCAUCGGACUACCAGGGGGACUACUGCACGCAGCCCAUCAUCACGCCUGCCAUCGUGCCCACGCACUGGGCCGUGGGCCCUGAGGAGAUCGCUGAGAUCGCAGCCGGCGUGCUGGGGGCAGCCAUCCUGGCCGUGGCCUUCGUGCUCAUCCGCAAGCGUUACCGGCACAGGGCCAAGGCCCACAAGCCGGUGGCAAGGGAGGACCCUGACCUGCUGUCCAAGAGCGAGUUCUCCAAGAGCGUGGGUGUGGGCACCCAAGCGGUGCCGCCCAUCGAGCUCAACAUCCUCAGCGACGCGGCCCACAACAAUUUGGACCGGGCGGCGCCGGAGCAGCGCAAAGCCAGCGGUACCCCUGAGUUUGUCACCUUCAACUCGGCCAACGGGCCCAAGCAUCGCGGCACCAUUGUGUGCAGUGUGGCACCCAACCUGCCCCCGGCCCCCCCGUCCAACUCUGACAACGAGUCCUUCGUCAAGUGCACCUGGGCCAGGGAGGAGAUGGUGUACCCAGCAGAAACAACCUACUGGCCGCCACGCUACCUUUCCUCUGAUGUCCAGGAAUACUCCCACUACGAGAUCAUCCAAGGUCCCCCUGCCGUGCCCUCCUCCCACCCCCCACUCCCCCCCCCACCCCCUCCACCAGCAGACCCGGAGCCAGUCACUCUCUAUGGGGGUUUCCCUUUUCCACUGGACCAAAGCAACAAGCGGGCACCCAUCCCUCCCCGCUACAGCAACCAGAAUCUGGAGGAUCUCCUACCGCUGGGCCCCGUGGAGACGGCAGCAUCCCAGUGCCAGAACGAGUACACAGCCAUCAGCUAUUACCCAGCCCAGCUGGUGCAGGGUGAAGGUGCCCCUUACCCACCCGACCCCGGCUACAAGCGGGUGAGCAUGCGGCUGAGCGUGGCCCAACCUUCCUAUGCCGACUGUGAGGUGGGGGCCCAUCCGCCCGCCCUGCGCACCCAGCCCCCACCACCCCCCAACUAUGAGGGCUCCGACAUGGUGGAGAGCGACUACGGCAGCUGUGAGGAGGUGAUGUUCUAA